AUGUCGGGAGAGUGGAGUUCAUUCACUCCACAAGAUGUGACAGCGCAGAAUGGUUUGUGUGCACAGAUUCCGUGUCACUACAGGUACCCGUCGCAUCUAAACAAUAAACCACGGAUUGGAAUCUGGUUUAACAGUGAGAUGAACAACGACAAAAAUGUUGCCUUACACUCCAAGAAUUCCUACAAAGAAUCAACAAAGUUUCGCCAUCGGACCCGGCUGUCAGGAGAUCUGGGAGAGGACGACUGUUCCCUGGUUAUAGACAACGUCACGCUGCAAGAUGCAGGUCCUUAUUUUUUCAGAGUUAAUUUUGGAGGGGGAGAUCGUUUCAACUACCACCCUGUAACACAGCUCCAUGUUACUGAUUUCACAGAUAAACCCACGAUAUUCUCUGCUGAAAUGGUGGCAGGUCAGCCUGUGAACGUGACCUGCUCCUUCAACACCACAUCGCUCAAACAUCACGGACAAAACCUCACCUGUAGAGUCAGAUACCCAACUGUCUCAUCCGAGCAGAUCCUCACACUGAAUGUACAAUACGCCCCCCAGAAUCUCUCAAUCACUUCCCCCGACAACGUGAACAAUUCCUGGGUCAGUGUAAAGGAAGGAAACUCGGCAGCGAUCCUCUGCUCCGUCCACAGUUUCCCAACAUCUAACCUGACGUGGAGACAUCUCGGUGCCAUGCUGAACACAACACGUUCCAGCAAUGAGCUGUGGAUGGAGUUCCCUCAGCUGACACGGCAGGACACUGGGGUCUAUCAGUGUGUGGCGGAGAAUGAACACGGGACAGCAGAGAGGGAUGUGACCGUCACUGUAGAAUAUGCGCCGGAGAUUUCCUGGGAUUCGGGAUGCACUCACACACCUGAGAGUGUCACCUGUGUGUGUGCGGCCAGGUGCAACCCACCCGGAGAGCUCACCUGGCGCCUCCCCCUCGCCAACAUCAGCGGAAACCAAACCCGCGGACGUCUCCACACCUGGCAGGUGGCAAGCGGGCAUCUGGUGAAUGGUUCCCUCACCCUGAGAGGGGGUGAUGGAGGGGAGGACGUGAUGGCCUUGUGCUCAGUCCGUAACCGACACGGGGAAGCCUUGUUCAAGGUGUAUCUGUUGAUGGAAGGUGAGGACAUCUCUGGGGGAGGGAAGUCAUCGAGCCAUAGUCAUGGUAAGAGUUUCAAUACUUGGAUCGCCGUUUUGCUUACAGCAGGGAUAAUACUGAUCGCUGAGCUAGCUGGAAUCCUCAUCUACAAGUAUAUACAGCGGAGGGAAUAUGUGACAAUGGAGGAAGCUUCAGGAAACCAAGACACCAAUGUGAUCUACUGCCCACACUCUGCAACCAAUCAGAGUGCGGGGAGUGGAGCGGACGGGCCGGCCCCAGAGGAGCUGAAAGGAGGAGGGGAAUCGGGAGAGGGGGAAGAGCAAGCGGCCGUGUACGCCAACCUGCGGGAGCUGCCGAGCAGCGGAGACACCGUGCACAGUGGCGAGGUGGUGGAAUACGCUGAGCUCUGGUUCCAGUCCAAGCAGGGGGAGGGGUAG